AUGAAUCGAAAACGAUUUUACCCUAAUAACCGUCGAUCAAAACCAGUACUUCCAAUAAAUGAUAAUUCUUUAAUAUCACAAGAAAUAUUUGAUGAAUGUGAAAAAUUAAAACAAAAAAUUCUUUCAUUAUCUAAUGGUAAAUCAGAAAUAUGGCUUUAUCGACAAGAACUACUUGAUCAAUAUAAUCAAUUAAUAUUAUUUAAUCUUGACUAUGCAAUUGAAAAAAA